AAGGCGGUUCCUCCUUAGACAGUAUGAGCAGCGGAGGGAGCGAGACCCCUCUGGGAGGCGAGGCCGCCCCGACCCCUGCCGUGGUCCCGGUGGGAGGCAGGAAACGGGACCCGCAGGGACCGUCUAGCUCUCCAGUUCACCUCAUUAUCAAGGAUCUGGGAGAGAUUCAUUCUAGGCUGUUAGAUCAUCGACCAAUUAUUCAAGGAGAAACACGUUUCUUUGUGAAAGAAUUUGAAGAGAAACGGGGCCUUCGAGAAGUGAGAGUUCUUGAGAAUUUGAAGAAUGUGAUCCAGGAGACAAACGAACAGAUUCUUCCUAAAUGUAGAGAAACAAUGCAUGACCACUUGAGUCAGGCUCUCCAGAAAUUGCAAGCAGCUACCCAUUUAGUCCAUAAACUUCAGCAGAAGGAGCAGGAACAAAGAAAGCUUCAUAAUCACCACUUAUUGAUUAGUGAAAAACAGCGUAUAACCCAAUGGGAAGAUUUCAUGAAAGAGCAACACAACAAACAGGCUGCAGUGGAUGAAGAGCACAAAAAAGCCACAGAACGCCUUAAAGAACAAUAUGCUGAGAUGGAGAAAGAUCUAGCAAAAUUUUCAUCUUUUUAAGAGCUCGAAUAACAAAAAGAAUGCAAAAACUUUUCUUUCCACUGUGCCAAAAAAAAUCACCAGACUUUUGUUCUCUGUUACAAGCUUAGCAAUAUGUUUUGGUGGUAAUGUUAUAUCAAAGAAUUGAUAAUAAAGAUAAAAAACUUUUGCUAGAAGUCAGAUUUAAUGUUAAUAAUAAAAGGAAAAUAAUCCCAUAUGCCUCCAACUUUCAAGUGCCUCUAUAUAACUAUUUAGGUGGGGGAGUAGUAAGAAAAAUGGAAUGAAUUGACUCUUAGACCCUCAGAAAUUAUAGUCUAUCCAUGCUCACUGAAAAGAUAAGAAAAUGACAAAUGUAGCAGAAUUCUCAGGCUAUGAAAGAUAAUCUAAUCCAUUCUCAUACAUGAGUUAGUAUUGGAUUAUUAUACUUGUUUAGUGUAUUCAACUAAUUACCAGUCAU